UUUAAUUCGGCGCACAAACAUGAAGCUUCGCGUUGUUGAAAGUGAAGAAAUGUGUUUUGUUUAAGAAUCACCGGAAUAAAUUAAUUUAUUGUUUUAAUGUUGCCAGACACAAUUUCAAAAUGGCUACGUUAGUUCUAGAUAAUGGAGCCUACACGGCGAAAAUUGGAUAUAGUCAGGAGAAAGUCAGUGUCAUCCCCAAUUGUCAGUUUCGCUCUAAAACGUCCAGACUGAAAACCUUCACUGCCAAUCAGCUCGAUGAGAUCAAAGAUCCCUCUGGUCUUUUCUACAUUCUCCCUUUCCAGAAGGGUUACCUGGUCAACUGGGAUGUUCAGAGGAAAGUCUGGGAUCAUCUCUUUGGAAAAGAAAUGUUCAAGGUGGAUUUUGCAGACACCAGUAUAAUUAUCACAGAACCAUACUUUAACUUCACAUCCAUUCAGGAGUCGAUGAAUGAAAUCCUUUUUGAGGAAUACCAGUUUCAGUCAGCUCUGAGGAUAAACGCGGGAUCGCUAAGUGCUCAUCACUAUUUCCACACAAAACCCUCAGAGCUCUGCUGUUUGGUUGUUGACAGUGGCUUCUCCUUCACCCACAUCGCCCCCUAUUGCCGGAGCAAGAAGAUGAAAGAUGGCAUUCGCAGGAUCAAUGUUGGUGGGAAGCUCCUGACCAAUCACCUGAAGGAAAUCAUUUCAUAUCGCCAGUUACAUGUGAUGGAUGAAACUCAUGUGAUAAACCAGGUGAAGGAGGAUGUCUGUUAUGUCUCCCAGCAGUUUUACAAAGACAUGGAGAUUGCACAGAUGAAAGGGGAGGAGAACACUGUGAUGAGGGAUUAUGUCCUUCCAGACUUCAGCGCCAUCAAAAAAGGUUUUUGCAAGCCAAGAGAGGAGAUGGUCUUCACAGGAAAGUACAAGACAGGAGAGCAGAUACUGAGAUUGGCAAACGAGCGCUUUGCCGUUCCUGAGAUGCUCUUCCACCCGUCAGACAUUGGGAUCCAGGAAAUGGGCAUCCCUGAGACCAUUGUCCACUCUAUCCAGUCUAUGCCAGAAGAGAUGCAGCCCCACUUCUAUCAGAACAUUGUCCUGACAGGAGGAAACACUUUGUUUCCAGGAUUCAGAGAACGACUGGAGGCUGAACUACGAUCACUCGCCCCCGCUCAUCUGCCGGUGUCAGUCCUUUUGCCAGCAAAUCCGAUCUCUUACUCGUGGGAAGGAGGGAAGCUGCUUGCCUACAACCCAGACUACGAUGAGAUGGUGGUGACGCGGGAGGAGUAUGAAGAAAAUGGACAUUGUAUUUCUGAAGAAAAGUUUGAUAUUUAAUGUCUUGUCAUCAUGGAUUUGCAAAACAGACCUGACUUUUCAAACCUCACUUCCACUAAAUUAAGUGGAUAGCAGGAUCAGCCUUUCAAAUGCCACAGAAAUGGUAAAAUGAAUGUGAAAUGUUCUUUUGAAGCCAGUUAUAUUUUGUUAAAUGGAUAGAAAUGUGGUGCUGAAACUACAGACUGUAUAUUUCAUAUUUUUAUUUUUUAUUUUUUACAUGUGUUGCUUUUCUAAUCUGUCAAAAGAUGUCGUUUAUUGUAUCCUCAAACACCUCUUGGAAAGAUGUAAAUGAAAAGUGUUUCAGGUGAUUUCAGAGGAACUUGGUAAACAUCAGUUUACAUGUGUAGUUUAAGAUUUGCCACAUUUGUACUUUUCUGUUUUUUCCAUUUCUUUGUUUGUUAUUUACUCCAUUUUUAAAUCUUGGAAUUGGGAUACAAAUUUAAAACUUUGUCAGAAAUUUGCAAGAAACAAUGUCAUGUCAUGCAGGCUUGUCUCUCUUGCUGACAGACAUGCUCCAAUUUUCAUGUAUUACCACUGGUAAUAGUACCAGUACAGUUGGGCUGUUUUAGAAGUCAAUGUGGCUAGGACUACUGUGACUACUCCAAAUGUUGGGGGGGGGGGAAUUGCUUGUUUUAGGAGAAUUUAGUUUUGUAAUCACAUUAGGAGCCCAAACCCUGUUGUAAGACUAACUGCAUCAUUAAAAAAAAAAAAAAACCUUUAAAAUAAUAAACAUUGUUCCUCAGAUAAAACUGAAUAUGCUCACAGUAUUCUGCAGUCAUGUAUAUGUAGACUGUCAAAAUGUUGCUAUAAACAUUCCCUAUGUUUUUAUUGGCCAUUUAAA